AGAUCUGAUGAGAAAAAUAAAGAAUUCAUUGGCCUGUAAAUUUCUUGGUUUUUAAUUAUUAAUUACAUUUUUAGGUAUAAACAAUUACGAUGGAAAAAGCAGAGACGGUGAAGAAAAAUUACGAUUCGAGAGGAGUAAAAAGAGGCAGGUGUGAAGAUUGUGAUUGCUAUGAAUUCGAGUGGCUGCCAUCGCAUCCAUUAAGCACCUGCAGUUAUUGUGAACAUACUCCAGCGAAGCACAUGAAUCUAACGGCAGAAGUUCAAGAUUCGCCUUUACCUUCCAAAAGCAACGAAAACGUCAAACAAACAACAACUAGGUCUAAAAAACCAUUGCUGUCACAAGAACCGCCUUCAACUUCCACCAUAAACGAAAACGUCAAACAAACAACUGGGUCUAAAAAACCAUUGCUGCCACAAAAAUCACGACAAAAUUUGCCAAUUGAUUUGAAGUCAUUGAUACCUGAAUCGUUUGCACAUGGUAUUGACAGAUUGUUAAAGAAUGGAGUUGAACUGCAGAGUACCGAAAUAAGUACAAUUUCCAGAGCAGUGUGUUUAAGAAUGUUCGAAAAGGGAAUUACAGAGGAUCAUGAGCUCGACAGAAUGGCCGUCUUAUUGACGGAAAAGUACCCCACAUUGAACGGACGUUUUCAAAGUAAACAUUUGCUGAUGGAACUUUCCAAACUUGUGGAUUUACCUGUUCCAAUCAUCAAAGGCAACUGGAUUCAAGCAGUUCCAAAUAUAUUGAAAGCACUCAAAAUUACACUUCCUAAAGAUGUCACCAAAAAUGGCAAAUGUGUUCACCUGCUCAUUAAUUUGCCAAAAUUGUUUCAAAAGUCGAGGCAAUACAGAAAUUUGUAUCGUUUCCUUCCGGUAUUCAAUUUCAUAUUUACAUUCUUUAAAAGUCAAAAAUGUUGUUCACUUUAA